CCAGCUUCGUGUAGUCACAGAAAACCCCGAUGAAUGACGCUGUCAUUCGUGUUUAGAACGCGCUACACCAAACUGCAUGGAAGAAAGUGAUAGUUUAAUAUUGCUGUGGUUAUUGUUAGUCGUUCAUCACUACCCAAACAUUAUUAACACCGUAUUCCAAACCAUUGUUUGUUCAAAUGAAAUCCGGGUGUAGCAGAUGUUGUUUAGCCCUGAAAGAUAUGGAGGGCCCUGAAGGGGAGAGACUGUGUGGGAAAUGCAGGGUUGUCUGUGGUUUGCACAGUUACAACUUGAGGGAUGUUUUCACAUGGCAUCUUCUGAAGACCAUAGUCAUGGGGCAGGUCUUGUCCCUGCUGAUCUGUGGGACAGCAGUGAGCUGUCAGUACUUGGCCAACGCCGGGGUGGAGACGCCCAUGCUGCAGAGCUUCCUCAACUACGUCCUGCUGCUGCUCGUCUACACUACCAUGCUCUGCACCCGCAAAGGUGAUAGCAACAUCCUACACAUUUUAAGAACCAAGUGGUGGAAAUAUUUGGUGAUGGGUGUGGCAGAUGUGGAGGCAAACUAUGCAGUUGUGAAGGCCUACCAAUUCACCACUCUGACAAGUAUACAGCUGCUGGACUGCUUCGUGAUCCCAGUGCUGAUGGUGCUGUCCUGGUUCUUCCUGAAGACUCGCUACAGGCUGGUCCACCUUGUAGCCGUGUUGGUGUGUUUGUUGGGGGUGGGGGCCAUGGUCGGAGCCGACGUUCUGGCUGGAAGAGACCAGGGAUCCACUAGUGAUGUGGUGUUGGGCGAUGGCUUGGUCCUGCUCAGCGCUGUCCUCUAUGCCGUGUCUAACAUGUGCCAGGAGCACACAGUGAAGAACUUGAGCCGAGUUGAGUUCCUGGGCAUGAUGGGCCUCUUCGGGACCCUCGUCAGUGGCGUUCAGCUUGCUGUUCUCGAGACUCGAGCGGUAGCUGCAAUACAGUGGGACUUUCACAUCUCCAUGCUGUUCGCGGUGUACGUCGUGUGUAUGUACGCCCUGUACAGCUUCAUGCCUGUGGUGGUGAAGAUGACCAGCGCCACUGCGGUCAACCUCUCUCUGCUCACGGCCGACCUCUUCAGCCUCUUCAGCGGCAUCUUCCUCUUCCGCUACACAUUUUCAACCCUGUACAUCAUCUCGUUUGUCGUCAUCACUUUGGGGUUUGUCAUGUUCAACGCCGUGCCCACGUACUCCGCUUUACCGGAGUCCAGCUCCAGUGAGGGCGACCCUGCUGAAGCAGCUGCUGAAGGCACCGCCGAGACCUCCUCAGAGUACCUGCUGUCGGCAGACCGGGACCCUGGCAGAACCGAGGCGCUCACCGCCGUGGCUGCACUGUGACUGAAGCCGAGUGAAGGCACGUUACAGAAGUACACGUUGUGUUGUACUUAACCAGAAUGUUUGUUGAUUUCUGAAAGUGCACUUGUGUUGCAUCUCAUUGUGUUAUAUGUUAUAAUGUUACAUCAUUUUUUUAAAAGAUGUUUCUACACUGACGGUGAUCAGAGAUCAUGUGUUACUAAUUCUGUACUGGACGUCAACGUGUUAAACACAAACAUUGCACCAGUAUGACUAUUUAUUGUCCCAACACUGACCAGUCUUUUCUCCUUUUAUACAUGAAUAUAUUUUAUAUUUUACAGAAUACAUCAGCAGUGCUCUUUUCAGCCACUGUAUUAUGUCAUUGUUUUUGAAUUUGACCACUUGCCACUCGUUUUACAUUUGUCGUCUGUGGUGCUGUUAAUUUUUUUUUAUUUGUUAAUUUACCAAAUGUACUGUAGAUCACAUGGCUUUCUUUGCCUUGUGUUGUCAAAAGCAAAGCAUGUUGACAUGCAGCAAGAGUUUACAUUUUUACCAUUAAAGCAAUUUUCAAUAC